CUAUCUCAUAAAUACCCCCCCACGAGAAUCGCGGUAGAAGCAGCGAAGAAGCAAACGAAGAAGAAACGAAGAAGAAACGAGAAGCAAGAAGAAGAAGAAGCGACUCCCCCGCUCGUUUCGCUCUCGAUCUGCUCCGCCGCCGCCGUAGUCUUCCCAGGAAUUUCUACCCAUCUAGAUCUCUUUUUUGUUCACGGCACUGUCUGUUAAUCGGCAAGCUGGAAAUCUUGGAUCCCGUCCAAAAGGCUCCAAAUAGUUGAGGAAAUCUCCAGGGAGAUGACGAACAGCGUUGCUAAUGGUGCUACUAUCAACAAUUCACUGGAGAAGCCCUUCAAGAUCUUCAUCGGGUACGAUCCACGCGAGGACCUUGCUUAUGAGGUCUGCUGCUACUCUAUUCUGAAGAGAUCAUCGAUUCCUCUUGAGAUUAACCCCAUCAAGCAAUCUGAAUUGAGGAAGAAUGGCUUGUAUUGGCGGGAGAGGGGGAAGCUCGAGAGCACUGAGUUCUCAUUCAGUCGGUUCUUGACUCCACAUCUGGCUAAUUACGAUGGUUGGGCAAUGUUUGUGGACUGUGAUUUUCUCUAUUUAGGGGACAUCAAAGAAUUGAGGGGACUGGUGGAUGAUAAAUAUGCUGUAAUGUGUGUUCAACAUGAUUAUACGCCUAAAGAAACCACAAAGAUGGAUGGAGCCGUGCAAACGGUCUAUCCCAGGAAAAACUGGUCUUCAAUGGUAUUGUAUAAUUGUGGACAUCCCAAAAACAAGGUGUUGACACCUGAGGUGGUGAAUACCCAGACAGGUGCUUAUUUGCACAGGUUUCAGUGGCUUGAUGACGAUGAGAUUGGCUCGAUACCGUUUGUGUGGAAUUUCCUUGUGGGGCAUAACAAGGUUGUCGAAAAUGAUCCCAGUACGUUCCCUAAAGCCAUACAUUACACCCUUGGAGGUCCGUGGUUCGAAGCUUGGAAGAACUGCGAGUUUGGAGAUUUAUGGACCAAAGAGUCGGAAGAGUAUCAGAAGGAGGCCAAAGCCAAAGUCGAAUAGCUGUGUACUAAGAUUAAUUUACUAUGAUUAGUCAAGGUCGUGAUGAUGCUUCAUUCUCAUUACUUGAUAAAUUUUUUAUUUCAUUCUGGCCUGAAGAUGCUAAUUCUGUUAGCAAUUACUAAUGUGGAGUGUUGCUGGCAUAUGCCACACUUUAGAUGUUCUUAAGUAUCUACAAUUUUUUAAUUGUAGUAGAUGAGUGUGAUGUGAUAGCAUUUAUAUAACUAUUCAAUAAAUCUUAAGAUGAUUUCAGUAUUCGAUGAGAAAUUUAUGACUUGUGAUGGUUUUUGCUAACAACAGAUGCAUCUUCCCCCUCUCGCUUGGCAGAUGAUUAACAUUUUUGCCACUUGCGACUCACCUAAUUUUGCAAGUGAUGCCUAGCUCUGCUUAUGUAGAGCUACAGAUAUUGUCAUAAUGCUUUUCGCUGCAUAUUUUGGCUCCCCUUUUCCUAUGUGGUCUGUCGAUUGCCCAAGACAAACUAGACAUGUUUGAUUACCCGUGUAUGAAAGUUCUCCUACUACUUUAGUAAAGUUGAAGCUGUAAAAUUCCAAUAUAUCGUAAAGAUCUGUCUUCGUGCUUGCAUUCUGUGAGCAUUCUCUUUAUUAAUCAUUCUCAAUCCUCCUUGGCUUGCCGAAAAAUGUUGCUGCAGAAGUUAGAUGUUGCUUUUCAUUGCUUUUUCUAGUCUCUCCCGAAGUUAUUACUUCAUUAGACCGGGAAUGGCGUUGUUCUCUCUCUUCUUGUGAUCAAUUUUCCCGGAACGUACUCUUCCUUAUCGCUGUGGGAUAUGUUGAUGCUUAAGCAUUCAUGCCUGCCUAGAUGGAUAUUAAUCAAAAGUCAAUGCUUUAUAUAUUUUUCUCAAAGUUGGUACGUCUGUCGAGUUCAUGAUAUAAACUCAGAGCAUCAAUGUUUUGGUCAAUUACCAACCAUUUGACAGCAAUCCACUUUACACGGUUAACAAAACUUAGUCCUGAUGCUCGGUUCAGAUAUAAGGGAUCAUGAUUGCAUGUUUGUUUCCUUUUUGGUCAUCCUGAUCCCUAUAGUUCAGCUGAAGCUGAAACUUUCCUUCUUUUCCUUUGCUUUUGGACCAAGUUCAAGCUCAAGGAUGGUCACAUUCAGGGAAAGUAGGAAUGAUGACCGUUUAAUGUUGUUCCUCUCGUUGAUUUGGCAGUCACUAUCAACAAUUUGCCCGUCUCUGGUACCAUUUUGCCUCAGAAAUGGAUAGACUAAUAUACUCCAUCUUGUAACUACUCUGAAUUUUGCCGAUAGUUUCAGCUAUUUCUUCUCUUUUGAUCCUGCAAAUAUGCUUUCAAGGUCUAUCAAUGCAUUUGCUCUGCGUCGACGGGCUGAGCUAGCUGUAUCUGUCCAAUGUGAUCUUGCCAUUUCAUUGAGGACCGACUAAUUUAGCGCGAUGUCUGUGAUGUGGGGUCGGACAAUGCCAGUGUUGUUGGUCCCCCUGAAGCUGAAACUCGACAGUAGAUGCUGAAAUUGAGUAAAUGUUUGCGGUAUAGCGAUGGAUAAGGAUUUAAGUUAUUGGCAGUUGGUCACGGGCAGCCUUCAAUCAUUAGUGUAUUUGUUACCGGCUAAUUGUUUCUGAACUUCUCAAGGGGGAAUGCCUUAAAAAAAAGGAAUAAUAAAGGGAAAAGAAAAAACGAAAGAAAAGGUCAAACCACGUAUCGAUAAGAAACUCUUUAGACACCUUUUCAUGUGAUGCACGCAAUGGUCCCAUAUGUGGUGGUUGCACUUGCAUCUCGGCCUUCCAUCGCGGGUCUCGAGUGCCCCCCACACCGAUCGAUGGUCGCGGUAGUCGCGUCGUGAUGAUCCGAGCCCGGCAUCUCUCAUGCUAUGAUCACGUGUCUCCUCCGUGGAUAUCAACAUAACCUCACAUGGAUUGGAUCGGGCUGCCGAGCGGACAGGUGUCUCUCUGUAAGCACCUUUCUGGGGGGCGGCAAUGUCGAAAUGCCCAUGACUGUUAGUUGGAAGCAUCAAUCCAAGUGGUGGGGCAGAUGGAAAGGGACCCAUGAGCCAUUCCUACUCCCCCCCCUUACGAUCACGAUGAAUGGAAUCAUUCGGUGCAGGUGCGGUCUGCAUCUAAUCCUUGAAAGGAACGACUCUGUUUCGUCGGCAGCAGGAGAAAAGGUAUCGACUCUGUUCUGCAGCAUAUAAAGCUGCUCUGAUAGAACAGGAGCCAGUUCAUCAUUUCUCCGAGUUUCGUUCUCUGCCCACUCUCGGACUUGGCAACAAUCAUGGAGGGCGCACCGGAUGCUCAGGAGAUGUCGUACUUCGAUCAUGUUCAGAAGCGUAACGAGGAGAAGGGCUGCCUAUAUGCAUGUUUGUUCACGCUGUGCUGCUGCUGUUGCUGCUUUGAGACUUGCGAGUGCUGCUUGGAGGCUAUCUGCUGUUGCUGCUAGUUUAACCAAGAAUUGUUCCUUCAUUAUGGAAAGACAAUAAUGUUUGAAAAGACCAUAUUUCUUCUGUGUGCAGUCGUUUGGAGAUUUCAUUAUCCAAUAAUUGGUCAUGUAAAUGGGUUUACCAAAUUGAAGGGUGCGUGAUUCGAGGUCUGUAAUAACAUGAACGUGUUUGUUUGAUAUUCCUCCCAGAGUUCCUUUCUCUUA